AUGCCUGAGCGUGCCGAACCGCAUGGCCAAUCGAAUCGACCAUCGUAUGCGCCCACUUUUCCUUCUGACCUCCAUCUCGCCAUGCCCGCCCCCGACGCCGCCGCCACCUGGAGCACACGAGGGGGUGCCGAGGCGGGUGGGGAACAGGUACUCGACAUGGAUUUUACGCCGGUCAUUGGCAGGAUUCUGAAGAUCAGCCCGAAGGAACGCACGACGUACCUGUUUUCGGCGACGACCACCAUAAGAAAGUGCGCCUGGUUUGCUUGGCCAGCCCGCCAAAUCACAACACCAUCAUCAGUUCCACUCGGACGGGCCGUGAUGCGUAAAGGUGUGUCCGUACCGGAAUGGCUUUGGGAGGCAUCGGCACCCCACAGGCUCUCCGCGACCUCGGAUGUCCCACUGCACGGGCAGCUCUCGCAAGGUCAGCGGCUCAUUGAACAGAUUCUAAAGCGGGGUCCGUUCUAA